UCACCCGGAGAGGGAAGUUGGGGUUGGGCUGAGGGAAUCGAGAUGACAGUUUGCUGAGAAACACUGACCUCAGAGGAUCCAGCUGCUCGUGCUCCUGUCUCCAAGAAUCCCACUCACAGAACAACAUGAACUUCCCAUUUCAGGGAGAACAGCCAUGGAGGACCAAUUCCAGGGAGAGCUGUCAUUGCUGGGGCACUGGGGAAGUUUCAGGGGGGGGCCAUAUUGCUGACUGGGUGCAGUUUCUCCAGGAUAUAAAGCAGGAGCUGACAGCUCCCUCAUCAGCCACACUCCCUCUUCAACACUGAACACUCCCAAGGUGAGCCAGGCCAGGAUGAGGACAGUACUGUGUGUAGCUGCCGUUGUGGUGGGAGCACUGACAAUCUGCUUGAUCCAGGAUGGUGUGACUGCCGCUUCAGCUGGCUCUGUGACUGUCGAUUGCUGUGAGAGCUUUAAGACCACUCGCAUUCCUCAUAAACGGCUCGUACACUUCACCAGGACAGUUGGCUGCUCCAUCCCCUCCAUCAUCUUCACAAACAGGAGGAAGAUGAGAAUUUGUACGAGAGCGAGUGAGAAAUGGGUUCAAGAUGCAGUGGCAUUUCUGGAGAAGAAACUGGGGGUUUAAAGAGAAGAACCUCUGAAAGCACAAUCUUUCAAUCCACUGGAAACACAUGGAGUGUUGGACUGACUGGUGUUACACUGGGGGACAGGCAGAAUGGAGAAGGUGGAUCCACAAACUGAUUCCCUGAUCACUUGCAAUAUUCCUGUUGCUGUGCUCAUUCACAUGAAAGACUGGGGGCAGUAACUAAUUAAUGUUCCCCGUGUAUUCUCCAAUCGUCAAAAUGAGUGAAGACCAUUCAUGGAACAGGGGAAAUGUGACUGGAUAACAAUGGGACAGACUGAGGGAACAGUCAGUCUGACACCGGACAAGAAUCCAGCAACUGUCCAGCUGAUCCCAGGAUCUUCCCAGAGACUGGAGUGCAGCACAGACAUUCAGUCCCCACCCUUAAUGGAGUGUAUUUGACUAUCCCCUUCAACCACGCUGGGCCAAGGGGUAGAUGGGCACAACUACAACCCUACUCUCUUCCCAGGGGGGGGUUGGAUGUGAGGGACCCCUUUGAGGGGUGGGAGUCAGCGUCUGGGGUUGGAGAGGUAGAUCGGAGUGUGGGCCAGCCUCUUGGCAUCUGUCGCACUCCCUGAAGAGCCCACUCUAACUCCAUUGGUGUCCUCGGAAUGGUUGUGAUUUUUUUCCCCCUUUCUUCUCCCUCAUCGCCUCACUGAAUCCCAGCUCCUGACCUUUAUCCAUUGAGUUAAAAAUCACACAUCUCCAGGUCAUAUUCUAAAAGAUUUAUUUGGAAAUACCAGCUUUCGGUGCGGUGCUCCUUCAUCAGGACAAUGAAAUAAAGGUUGUUCCUGAAGAAAGUUUCUCUCUGGUUUGCCUGUCUCUGAGCUAAUUCAUUUUACACCUUUCAGUUUUCUGCACAGGAGUAACCACUUUGCAUUUGUUGCCAUUUUUCACCUUCACUUGCCAUUGGUCCCUUUCCAUUCAGAGAGUAAAACACUGUCAGGUGAUUGGCUGAGAAUUAGGAGGGAGAGUCAGAUGGGAGUUAAACUGUACUACAAAGCACAUGUGGAAGCUCUCUGGUAAGGUAUGAGCAGAACCACAAACAUCAUUCCCUCACAUAGGGCACAGAACAGAACAGCAUAGGAACAGCCCUUUGUGUUGUGAUUGUAAUGAGAUCAGCCAGAUGGACUGCACAGAACAUGAUUCCCUGCCUGGGGUUGUGAACCUGGUUGAUAUUAACAGAAAUCAUUGCUGUCAGGGACAGGUUGGCACCAUGUUAGGGGUAAGUGCUUUAUUUUCUCCUCCAACUCAAUUUUGAUUUGAAUCCUUACCCUUCACUUUGUUUUUUACAUAAAUAUUGCCCCAACCAGACUUUGCAUGCUAAGUGGCAGAUGGUACAGGGCAGGGUGACACUAGGCACACGGACACAAAAGAUGGCCGCUGAGCAAUAAGUUGGCCACUUUGCACACACGAUGACCCCUGGAACACAAUAUGGAGAGAGACAGACAGCAGAGCAAACACAGGCACUGCCUGGGGCCACCUGAAUGCCAGCACAAUGCACUCAUGACCUAGUUGAUUAGUUUAAGGUGGGAGAGUGAGAGAAUAUGGCAGCACAGUGGUUAGCACUGCUGCCUCACAGCGCCAGAGACCUGGGUUCAAUUUCCAACUCUGUGUGGAGUUUGCACAUUUUUCCUGUAUCUGCGUGGGUUUCCUCCGGGUGCUCCGGUUUCCUCCCACAGUCCAAAGAUGUGCAGAUUAGGUGAACUAGCCAUGCUAAAUUGCCUGUAGUGUCAGGUGAAGGGGUAAAUGUAGGGGAAUGGGUCUAGGUGGGUUGGUCUUCGGUCGGUGUGGACUUGUUGGGUCGAAGGGCAUGUUUCUACACUGUAAGUAAUCUAAUCUAAUUAACGUGUUGUGGGGGUGCACUGCCCGCCAAAAUGUCUGGUCCAGCCAACACCUUUGAUAGAAAUGCUAACCUUUUGAUACGGACUCAUUACAGCGUGCUAAUAGCCAGGGCUGAAGUAAUCAUCCUUCUCAGGAAGAGCAAUUAACGCCCAUUACUACAGUAAUGGACUUCUGCGCAGACAUUGAAACUGACAAUGACCACACAAAUUAACAAAGGCUACGUUGGAACUGACAAUGACUGCACCGAAACUAUUAACGAUUCUGCAAUGUUUACCAUAAACAACCAUGUUACAAAGACAAUAACCUCAUCACUGACCUUGUACAUUAUUACAAAAUGUAUAAAAAUAUCUUGACAUGUGCUCCGGGUUGAGAGAAGACUCGCAGCUGACCCCUGUGCUGAU